AACCAGGCGGUAUAAAAUCGCAGCCUUCCGUUUCAAGUCCCACUUCCUUUCUGAAUUCUACUCAUACUCUUCACUCUCAAUAUUGAAAUGAAAUCUCUCUGAGAGAAGAGUUGCUUAACUGAAUUGGUUUUGGUUGUAAUAAGCAUGGUUUCGCUGGAAGAUUCACAUUCUAAUUCCAACCGCUUUCCUUUGGGUCGUAACUUUUACACCCCCGGUUCAGCUUCCACCACCAAAAUCCACCGUCAUGUCGGCCGCUCCAUGCGUACGAUUCGCUCCAAUCUUUACCAAAACGACAAUAGUAGCUGCUCCUUCACCAGUUCCGUCCCUGAGAGGUCCGCCUUUGUCUCCGAAAAUCUCACCGAGUCCGUUAUCGACAUGCGUCUCGGCGAACUGGCUGCCAAAAGCAACGCUAAAUCUGUUACGUCUGAGUCCGAAAACGAGGCCUUUUUGGAGAUUUCUCAAGCCUUUAGUGAUUUCUCCGCUUGUAGCAGCGAUAUCUCCGGUGAGUUGCAGCGCCUUGCGAGCUUGCCCUCACCGGAAAACUCUUUGAUGAAUGAGAGAAAUAACGGAGUCCAGUCUGAGCCGGAGCCGGAACCGUGCCAUGGCUUUUUGCAGAGGGAGAACUUCUCGACUGAAAUUAUUGAGAGUAUCUCACCAGAGGACCUUCAACCGACGGUCAAGAUCUGCAUCGACGGCCUCGAAUCACCAUCCGUUGCGGUGAAGCGAUCGGCUGCUGCUAAACUCAGGCUACUGGCGAAGAACCGCGUGGAUAACCGUGCGUUAAUCGGAGAGUCGGGUGCGAUCCCUGCACUGAUUCCGCUCUUACGGAACAGCGAUCCUUGGACUCAGGAGCACGCGGUGACUGCGUUACUAAAUUUGUCUCUUUACGAAGGGAACAAAACCCUAGUUAUAAAUGCCGGAGCUAUAAAAUCAUUAGUGUAUGUUCUCAAGACGGGCACUGAAACCUCCAAGCAAAACGCGGCGUGUGCACUUCUGAGCUUAGCUUUGAUUGAAGAAAACAAGACUUCAAUCGGAGCAUGCGGCGCGAUCCCGCCGCUGGUAUCUCUUCUGAUGAACGGAUCCAACAGAGGCAAGAAAGAUGCACUGACAACUCUUUAUAAGCUGUGUUCAGCCAGGCAGAACAAAGAAAGGGCGGUGACUGCGGGCGCGGUUAGGCCUUUGGUGGGGAUGGUGGGAGAGCAAGGGACUGGCAUGUCAGAGAAGGCGAUGGUUGUUCUUAGUAGCUUGGCGGGAAUUAAAGAAGGAAAGGAAGCUAUUGUUGUAGAAGGUGGGAUUGCAGCACUGGUGGAGGCGAUUGAAGAUGGGUCCGUGAAGGGGAAGGAGUUCGCGGUGUUGACACUGUUGCAGUUGUGUGCUGAUAACAUUAGAAACCGUGGUUUGCUUGUUAGAGAAGGUGGGAUACCUCCUCUUGUGGCGCUUUCUCAGACUGGGAGUGUAAGGGCUAAGCAUAAGGCUGAAACACUACUUGGGUAUCUGAGGGAACCAAGACAAGAUGCUUCAUCAUCUAGUCCUUAGAGAAGAGAAGUAUAAUUACUCAUGUAGAGGUAGUUAUACCUGGGUGUUCUAUUUAUUUUUUGUAUAUAAGGAGUGUUUUGAUGGUUUGUACAGUGUGGUUGAGAAAUUAUCGUACAAGUUAAAAAAAAAAGGAAGAAAAAAAUUAGGGGAGGCUCAAAAGACUGACCUUUUAGAUGUAUGAUUUUGAGUAGGUUUUUGGGUGGGUUUUCUUUUCCCCCAUCUCUCUUAUUUACAUUUUGUGUAGGGUGGAAAAUACUUGUUUGGCUUGUGGGUUUUUGAUUGAUUAGAUUUGGGUAAUUUUCCUUGUGUUUUGUUUAGGUGACCCAAAUUUUAUUGCAUAGUUGUACGGAUUACUAAUUACCAGUUUUCUACAUAGUGAAAAGAUGGACAGUAUGUUGA